CUGCUCUAGUGUGAGCUGGGUUUUCUACUGUUUUCUUCUAACUAUUGGGAAAAUGACCAUGGACAUGACUUUCCUCGGGACAGGCUCGGCCUACCCGUCUCCUCACCGCGGCGCCUCGGCUCUGGUGCUGCGGACAGAGGGGGAGUGCUGGUUGUUUGACUGCGGAGAGGGGACACAGACCCAGCUGAUGAAGAGCCAGCUCAAAGCCGGGCGAAUCACCAAGGUUUUCAUCUCCCAUUUGCAUGGAGAUCACCUGUUUGGCUUGCCUGGUCUUCUCUGCACUGUGAGUCUUAACUCCAACCCGGACCCCCAGCAGAACCUGAGCUGCGUGGACAUCUAUGGGCCCCGGGGCCUCCGGCACUUUCUCAGGGUGACUCUGGGCCUCACAGGGUCGCAACUGCUCUUCCCAUAUGCAGUACAUGAGCUGGAGCCCACACCUGACCAGAGUCCAGAAGAGGGGCAGCUCAGUCUGGAGAUGACAGCAGAGUGUGGUCCUCUGCACCCACAGGAGCGCCCAGGAAGGACGAUCUCCCUGGAUGACUCCAAUGACAGUUACACCCUCUUUCAAGACAAGAAAUUUGUGGUGAAGGCCUUCAGGUUGUUCCACCGCAUCCCCUCUUUUGGAUUUUGCAUUCAGGAGCACGAUCGACCUGGAAGACUUAAGACUGAACUACUGAAAGAACUGGGUGUGAAACCAGGUCCUCUCUAUGGGCGCUUGAAAGCAGGGGAGUCAGUGACCCUGGAGAACGGACGUGUGUUGUUGUCUUGUGAUGUGUUGGAAGAAACCAUCCCAGGAAGGAAAGUCUGCAUUUUAGGAGACUGCAGCUCAGUGCUCGGGGAGGGGCUACCAAAGUUUUGCAACAGGGCGGACGUUCUGGUUCAUGAGGCCACCCUGGGGAACGAGCACAGAGAAAAAGCGGUGGACCACGGACACAGCACACCGGAGAUGGCGGCCGCAGUGGCUCGGGCCUGCUGUGCACAGAGACUGGUGCUGUACCAUUUCAGUCAGAGGUACAAACCCUGCUCCCUGAAGAGGGAAGGAGACGAGGACGACGUCUCAGAGCUCAAGAGACAGGCUGAAGAAGCUCUACAGGACAGUGGUGUAGAGGUGAUUCUGGCUGAGGACUUUCUGACUCUAGUUAUUCCUCUCAGAAGGCCAACGUAAUGAAGAACUGACAUGAAACCACUGAUAGUAGAUCUGAUUGAAACACAGCAGCUCUGUUGAUUGGACAGUUACAUUUUAAACAGUACGUUUAGCAGUUAACAUGUUAGCCAUCAUAAGCUUUCCUGUUUUACUAUCCUAUGAUUUGGAAUGUAUGGACACUAAUAUUUUAAAGAUCCACUUAAUCCUGUC